UUAGCAAGAGUUGUCAUGUGCGGUUGACUAGGAACUCGUGUGCGCACAGGCGCCCGUGGAAAAAUAGAUUUUAUUGUAUUACCAAGUUAAAUGUAUUUAGAUGUUUUACAAUGGUGCCGCUACAAUAUGCCGUUUGGAUGCAAUAGCCUGUACAUUCUGUAAAUGUUAUUUUACGCCUUAGUUCUUAGUGAUGUGACUUUCACCAGUAAGUGGGAAAUAAAUGCAUCAUUCAUCAUGAGAAUAUUUACAUUUCUAUCGAAAAACACAACCCCGAAGAUAGAAUAUUACUCAAAAUUUUCACCUUCGCCGCUUUCUAUAAAACAAUUUUUGGAUUUCGUCAGGAGCCUCAGUGGCUGGUGGAAGAACCAUAUGCAGCCACAACAGCCUGGCACCUCCUCCUCAUGUUGGUCACCAGCCUGGUCACGCGUUGCUGUGCGAUGGCAUUCCAUUCCUCAACCAGGAUUCGGCUCAGGGCGGGACAAUGCAUGUGAAAAGACGUCCUACAUGUUUCUGCGGAAGGAACUGCCGGUGCGAUUGGCCAACACCAUGCGAGAGGUCAACUUGCUGCCUGACAACCUGCUCAGCCAGCCAUCUGUCAAACUGGUGCAGAAAUGGUAUAUGCAGAGUUUUGUGGAACUUUUGGGUUAUGAGAACAAGAGUCCAGAAGACCCACGCGCCCUAAAUGAGUUUAAAAACAUCCAGUAUUUCCUGGACCGGUUCUACACCAACCGCAUCUCAUUCCGCAUGCUCAUCAAUCAGCACACUCUCCUGUUUGGGAAUGACACAAAUCCCGCUCACCCCAAACAUAUUGGCAGCAUUGAUCCACACUGCAGCGUGGCAGAGGUGGUGACAGAUGCCUAUGAGACAGCCAAAAUGCUGUGUGAGCAGUACUACAUGGUAGCCCCCAAGCUGGAGAUCACUGAGUUCAAUGCAAAGGCCCCUGGCAAACCCAUCCAGGUGGUGUACGUGCCCUCCCACCUGCUGCAUAUGCUGUUUGAGCUCUUUAAGAACCCAAUGCGAGCUUCAGUGGAGCUGUAUGAGAACAGAUUAGAGGAGUUACCCCCCAUCACAACACUGGUGUCCCUGGGGAAGGAGGAUCUCUCUAUAAAGAUCAGUGACAGUGGAGGUGGCGUGCCCUUCCGGAAGAUUGACCGCCUUUUUAACUACAUGUACUCCACAGCACCCACCCCAAGUCUCGGAGCCACACAAGCUGUCCCCCUAGCAGGGUUUGGGCAUGGCCUGCCCAUAUCCAGACUUUAUGCUCGGUAUUUUCAGGGGGACCUUAAGCUGUACUCCAUGGAGGGGGUGGGGACAGAUGCUGUCAUCUACCUGAAGGCUCUCUCCAGUGAGUCCUUUGAGCGUCUCCCUGUGUUCAACAAAUCCGCAUGGCGACACUACCAGACCAGUGCAGAGGCAGAUGACUGGAGCAAUCCCAGCAGCGAACCACGCGAUGCUUCCAAAUACAAGGCCAACCCAUAACCCCUCCCCCCUCACCUGCCCUCCUCUACCUUGUUCCUUAGCUCAACUUUAGUCAACAGUGUGACCAUGUACAACAUUUGUCGUCAUCAGCAUCUCCAAGGCAACUGACUAGACCUUUGCACAGUGAUGGCAAUGAGACUUUGUGACAGACUCCAUCUCCCCCCAAUUCUAGCAUCCUGCAAAUCGUGACUUCUGAUUCUAGAACUUCAUAUAUUAUCCUCCUGAAAGCAGCACCACUAUUCCUGUUGCUUAAUAUGGAAUGAUAAUUGUGUAUUUGGUGGAUUGUGUGGUUUCCCUUGCUGUGAUUAGUUUCUGUGGUUGACCACAUCCUAGGAAGGGGGAUGUGUCUAAACCAGGGCUGCCCAACCCUGGUCUACCAUCCUGUUGGUUUUUAGUCCAACCCUAACAAAGCACACUUCAUUCAGCAACUAGAGAUCUCAUUGAACAUCUUUAGUAGAAUCAAGUGUGCCAAAUUAGAGUUGAACUGAAAACAGGACAGUAGAUCUCCAGGAACAGGGUUGGGCAGCCCUGGUCGACGCAAUAGCUUCUCUACUGCCAACAAAAAUGCUUCUAUAGCUCAAACACCUUAUAAAACACUAGAUACAUAUGAAUAUAUCUAUAUAUAGAGAGAAUAUAUGAGAUUAUAUUUGCUUAAUAUAUUUAUGAUAAAAUCUGUAUUUAUCUGCAUUGAUUUGAAAUCGGAAGGAGACCUAUAGACAUUUGAGGGAGGGAAUUAUGAAGGUUUGAGUGGCAGUUUGUGUACUGUUCACCUGUGAGGGAUCAUAGGAAAGCAGAAGCCUAAAUGUGCAUUCACCCUCAUGCUCUGGGUCACACAGGUGGACUUUACAUCAGUUGGUAUCACCCUUUCAAUCCAACCCCCACCCCCCUUCCUUGCCUUCAGAAACAGGUUUGUAUUGUAGGUGCUGAGCCUGAGCACCAGAUGGCUUCCAUAUCAUAACUCCAGGAGUCCCAGGCCCCAUUACUGGAGAUCGUGUGCUGCCUUUUCCCCUCCAUGUUGUGCAAAUUGAGAUCCUGCAUCGAUUCCAUUUGUCAGUUCUCAGAAUUUUUCAAGUGAAAUGAAAGGCUUACUUUCGUGCAACAGUGGUUCCCAAACUUGCUGAUCACCACAGUCCAUUUGAUGAGUGAAUUUAUUUCCUGUGAUCAACCUUGUGUUAAAGUAUAAACUUGGGGCUGCUGGAUGGCUCAUCCUGCUAAGGCACUGCUCCGAUGUAUGGAUGGGCCCUGAUCAGUAAAUGCAGUGGAACAUGUAUUAUGUACAAUAAGUAGGGCCACCAGUUUGUCUCCCCUUGUUUUCUCGUAUUGUACGUCAGUCCUCCGCCAGCUAGGGGUUACGAUAGACUCUUUGUCAAGCCCCUUCUCAAACAAUUAUCCCAUUUGCAGCACCUCAAUCUAAGUUUAAAAAAAGUUAUUGCCACUAAUUAAGCACAGAUGAUGAUUUACAGUGAUGUUUACAAGCCACACUUGGAUGUUAAAUUCAGUUAGAUUAUUUACUACCGUGGACAUGCUGCCUGUAUUUUUUUAUUUGGUACAGGGACAUGAUGACUCUUCCCAUAUUAGCUCAACUAAUUGUUUUUAUAAAUGUCUCAAUUAGAAACUGCUAUGAUUAGUCACUUGACUGUGCAGUUGGAGUGCCUAUGGAGACCUUUGAAAUACAAGUUCAAAUUCCCAAAUUCACAUGGUGGAGACAAACUGGUGGCAAUAAUAAUAAAUUAUUCCAGACUCAGAGUUUGGGAACCACUGCUGUAUAACAUGAGAGAGCACUGGAGUAAAUGCACGGUUAAGGCAUGUUCUUACUGCACCUCUGCACUCUUUCUGUACCUCUUAUGACACUAUAUUACUAUGUAGGGGGUUUAAUAUAGUGUAAAAUGGUCCUAGAUAUAGGACCACUUGCACUACAGCUUAUGUACCUGCACUGACGUUUUUCUUGGAUAUUGAGCAGGUGGAGGUACUUGAGAAGGCUUGAGUGAGACUAAGACCAGCCCAGUGGGUUUAUACUGUAUAUGCUUAGUCUUGCCUUUGCCAUGCAGUCCUAAGAGAAUGUUCAAAGGGAUUUUCACCCCCUAGCCUCUUCUCACCUUCUCCACUGAAUCUUGUCACGGUUUCUUGCUUAUUCCAAGUAUAAGCACAAAAUUAACCCAAUGUUGUCAUACUCCAAUGUGAGUGUGCAUUGCACCAGUCAGCCAUAUUGCAAUAGAACCACACAACAUACCAGGUAGAAUAUGCUUUGACUAGGGCGCAUAUUGAACCAGGUCUUUUAUACUCGCAGUAGGGCCCAACUGGCUUGGACGUAGCCUGGUUUGACUAUGCGAUUGAAGCAGCAUUGGCAGGAAACACUGUGGUUUAGUAAAAAUGAAAACCAAAAUAAGUGCUUUACGAGUCUAGAGCAGGAGAUGAAGCACUUUGGUGUAUGGCUGGUUAACAGUUUCACUAUUCUGGCUAUUACAUCUGACAUCACUCCUGUUAUGAUUAUCAAGUAUAGACUGUAUGUCUGCAAGAAAUUUGAAAUUGAUGAGAAACUUAAAUUAGCAAUAAUGCACAUGUGCAGUGUGCCUCAAGGGUGGCUUUGACUCUGUUAUCUGAAAUGUGCCCUUGAUCCGAAGAACUAGGAUGUUGACAGAAAGUUGUGAGCCAGGAGACAAGAAAUUGUUGCAGCCCGGUAAAUGAAUUCUCUGUGCUGUCACACUGCCAUUCAUAAAGAUGUGUUUGUGUGGUCCCUAGAAGUGUUCUGAACAUUCCUAGUCAUGAAGCUACAAAUUGUUGACCUAACAUAUAUAUAACUUUGUGACUCUAAAA